CUUUCAUACUUUUAGUACUCGGCCCGCGUCCUCAUCCGGUUGUUACAUACUUACUGCAAACGUUCUAAAGAAAAUUAACUUAUGGAGACGUUAUACUUGUUUUAACUAAACAUGUUCAUGUGACUAAAAUUUUUUGAAUACCUACGAGUUAACUAGUCCGUAGAUUUUUUCCGGCGGUUGGGAGACGACGGUAGUUCAUUCUGUUAAGUCUGGAGGACAACGGGUUGCCACUACUUCUAGGAUUUUCUGUGGUGGAUGUACUUCAGUUAACAUUCUUUGAUAGUGCGCUAUGUUUGAUACAAGUGGUGAAUACUACAAGAAUAUUGUUAGGUGAUGCACGGGAGUACCUGAGUUACUGAUCUACCAUGAUGGUGGCUUCUGUACAGAAGCAUAAAAGAAAUGUGCGGAGAGGACCUGAAAAGACACCAGAACGAACUAAAAGUGUUAGAACAACCCCGUUUAAGUGGGUUAUGCGACGGACUACCGUCACUUAGCAAUUCUCUAGGUAGCAACAGUUCUAACGACGGAGACAAACCCGCAAAACAGAAAAGGCACCGGACGAGGUUCACGCCUGCACAACUUAAUGAACUCGAAAGGUGUUUUUCGAAAACUCAUUACCCCGACAUCUUCAUGAGAGAAGAAAUUGCAAUGAGAAUCGGACUAACCGAAUCCAGAGUACAAGUAUGGUUUCAAAAUCGCCGUGCAAAGUGGAAAAAGCGGAAGAAGACCACGAACGUCUUCCGAACUCCAGGUGCUCUCUUACCUUCGCACGGCCUUCCCCCUUUCGGGGCAAUGGGUGAUGGACUCUGUGGGUCCAGCAUGUUUAGUACGUCGGAGUCACGAUGGGGAGUCGCUGGAAUGGCGACAGGUUUGGGACAACUUAGUCAAAGUUCAGUUUCUAUGAGCGGUUUCGGCCAGUCUUUAGGACAACUCAACCAAAGCUCGGGACUGAGUCCGGCGCUGCCAAUUAGUACGGCAGCUGCAAGUACCGUUUACCAAGCUCACUAUGGACUUAAUUCAUUAGGUGAUAGCAUGAUGACGUACUGCAACAACGGUGGCGGUAGCAACGGAAAUGGUGGGACGGGUGGUUCGCCACCCCCACAAAUACCGUGCUCGAGUGCGGCCACUCCGCCAGUGGCGGCGGGCACCUCCCCCAACGAACAAGAGGAGGACGUUUGGCGCGGCCACAGCAUAGCAGCGCUGCGACGGAGAGCUUCCGAACUCAACGCCGCCAUUCCCUCUUACCUGCAGAUCAACUACGACACCCACAACAAUGCUUCUGUAUAUUAGUUGCUUUCAGUUACACAAAGCACAAACGUUCUCAACAGCCGUACUAUUCAAAUCAAUAUAUAUACCAAUUAUUUUGGAAUUCCUAAUAUUCGAGCGCCUAUUUGCCAGAAAUGUCAGGGUAACGCAGAGACUAUUUUUUCUUCAUCUGUUUAUGCCUUUCUUUGGUUAAAUGCCAGUUUAUGGAUACUGAAUUACUUAUAAUUUGUUAAAAUAUUUUAUAAAAAAUAAGUGAAUCAAUUCAAGGGUGCUUCUUUUAUGACAUCAUGUUUUUAUUUAUCCGGAACAUUCGAUUCUAUAAAUAACUUAUUACAAAAAAAAAAAAAAAACUGUUAAAUGCUGAGAAAUUUUGCAAGCUUAAUCGUUCAUCCACCACAGCCAAAAAGACAUUAUGAGGUCUUGAAAUCAAUUAGAGAGGAUAGGAUGUCGAUAUAUGUAAUAAUUUGAUAAUAAACAAAAUUAGUAUUUAUCCGAAUUAUUGUACUUAUAUAUAUAAGUAGCAAAAUAAUGUUUGCCUAUUUUAGAUGGUGGAGAUAUACACAUUUCGUUUAUAAUUGAUUCAAUUUUGAGCCUGCUCUUUUAAAAUAUGUUUUGGGGCACUUUGACAAAACUGGAUUACAGAAGUCAGUUAAAAUUAUUUUUAAUUAUCGAAAGUGUUCAGUUUCAAAUUUCACUAAUCUGUCGUCACACAUUUGUAUUUUUCUUACACAAGAAAAUAUCAAAUGAUAGGUACGAUUUUCGAACAAACCGGUUUAGACAUUUAUAAAAAAAAAAUGUUAUUCAAAAAUUCAGUGUUCUCCCAUUUUUAAAGACGAACGUGGAUAACUUCGCGCAACAUUUUUACUUCCCUUCUUUUACAAAAAUAGAGGCAGUAUCACAAUAUCAGAUACUUAUAUAAAAUAAAAUGGUCAGAGAGUUGUUAAAAUAAUACUUACUCGGAAAAGUUAGGAGGAAAGUAUUACCGUGAUCACACAAAAAAAUGUAUAUUUUAGUCAGAAGAUUCUAAAUCAUUUCUUUGUCCAAGUUUGUUUACAGCUUGAAUAUAGCUCUGAGUUUCAUAAAAAUAUCAAAAACAUGGUCAAUAGUUCACAGGAAAAAAGUACUUUAAGUACUAUUUUAGAGCUAUCAUGUACAAGUUAGAUACGAAGUUUUUUAUUUAUAACAUUUAUAUUUAUUAUGCUUGGUAUUAGGAAAUCCUACAGUGGUUUCCUCCUUUACUUUGAUUUUGGUAAGGAUGUGCUCUUCAAGUGAAAGUUAACAUGAUUUAUAAAGGUGUGUGAAUUUCCCAUGAAACUGGGCAAAAUUGACUAGUCGACAAGGCGCAGAUUAAUUCGCUUGUUGAAUUUUUUUGGCUGUUUGUAUUUUAUUAAUUAAUUUCUCAUCUAUCGCUUCAAAAUGUUCAUUAAAUAUACAGUUAAGAUAGGUAAUCAGCAAUAUUGUCCCCAAGCAAUAUUAAUAAACUAUAUAAGCCAAAAAAAUCUGGGUGUAAAACUAAAUCAAAAGCACGGCUGCUUUAAAUGUGUGGCUAUAUUAAAGUUUAAAUUUCAAAUAAUUACAUGGUUUUUUAUUAGACCGCUUUAAAUUUAUAAAUGCAUUUGUUGGUAACUAAUGAAGAAUGCAUUUAUUUUUUAAAUUUGUGAUUGUGAUUUAAAAUAAUUUUUGUGAUAUUUAACAAAGUAGUAAUUAUCUUGUGAACUUAUAUUAAUACAUUAUUAAAAUUUUUGUAAUUCAUAGUCGAAGAGUAUGAAUUAAUAGGAGCAUAUUUCCACUUAUUAUUCUAAACAAUAUAAUUUUUCUAUUAGUUAAGUUAUUUUUAUCUUGAAGCAAAUUUUUCUCCAGCUGUAACUCACGUCAUUUUAUGUUUCUUUGUAAUAAAGUUUCAAAAUACAUAUAAAUAUGUAAAACUUUCCAUUCAACGUUAAUUGACCAAAACUGCGAAACCACAGUUUAUAUCGAUUACUUAUGUGAAACGAUAAGUUUCGUAAAAUUUUUUACAAAUAACAAAACAGAAUCCAUGAAAUUAGUAAGUAUUGUGUUCACAUGAAAUAGGAUAUAAAUAUGAAUAAACAUUUUGUGACACGUAUUAUUGUAUUUACGAAGAAAUUAUACUUAUGUAAACUAUAAAAUCAAUCUCAUAAUUCAUUUAAGAAUUUACUCUUGCGAUAAAAGUAAUGAUUUGAUUAGUUGUAAAUUUCAAUUUAAUGUAAUUAAGAUAAUGAACAUAAAAUUAACUGUUGCAAAUACUUAUGCAUAGUAAAAACGUUAUAAAUAUUUCUGAUAAAAUUUUACCGUCAUAAAACUAAAUUUCUAAAAAUCGAUUUUUAGUCAGAAUUUGUGGCGAGUAUGAAUUAAACUACUCAAAACUUUGGUUGUAAAUGUUAGGACAAUAAAAAUUAAGAUAGUUUGAAAAAAUAGUUAUUAAAUUCAAAAGCGCAGUUUUUACGUAGGUAAAUUAAACUGGCAAAUAGGCGAGAGGAUUUAUGUAAUUAGUUGUAAAGCAACUGAAUUCCCACAAAAAUGUUUUAUCUUUAAAUUUGAUUUAAUUGUAAAUUAUCUAUAGGUGUAACCUACGAAAAUUUGAUAUUACCAUUAAACAAUAAAUACAACUAAACCGGGUCUAAAAUGUAUACGGUAAUCUAUAGAUGCAUAACAAUAGAGAAGAUAAUUGUUAAACCGUACGUAUACUCACUUGGAAAAAAAGAACAAAUACUUCACGCAAUAAUAUGAUUCACAUUUUAAUUGUAAACUUAAUAAAUGACUGUAAUUAAACGUGUAAUUUCUUAAAAUUUAGCUCCGGAAAAGUAUACACUUGUUCUUGUUUUUAUUGUAUAGAAAGUAUGUAGCAAAAAGAAUUAGUCAACACUUUCCAGCGCUAAAUCAAGUUUAUUAUUUGUAACUGUGGCGUCUAUGUAUACGAUGUAAAAUAAUUAUUGUACAAAGAAAAAUCGUAUGUUGAAUGGAUUCCAUAUUUAGUGUGAUGUGCUGUUUAAAAAGAUUUAUGUCCUUAGAAUAGAGGAUACAAGAUUUUCAUAAUUUUCUUGUUGUAAAGCAAACGGUAUACGCGUUAUUAUUAUUUUUUUAUUAUAUUUUAUUUCCUCUUUAACAUAAAUACCAGAAAAAAUAUGAAAUUUCAUUGUCUCAGAGAAAUCCAGAUAUGGAAGUGACCAUUUUUGUUAUUAUUUAAUAAUAUUACUUUUUGCUUUCAAAACUAGUGUUAAUAGUAUUUUUAAAAAAAUAUUGUAUGUAUAAUUAUUGAGGGAAUAAGUUAUAUUGUACUAUUAUUGUAUGAUUAUGUGUACAAUAAAAAAUGUUUCAUAAAUGAA